AAAAGAAAAGGGAAGAGAGCGAGAGAGCAGUGGCCACACCGUAGUGGUGGAGAGAGAGGGGGAAACAAAACCCGCCCGAUCUCCUCGUCCUGCUCCUCCCCACUCCGAUCGCUCCUGUGCCCGAGUCCCCCCACCCGAUUGCCGCGCGCUUCUUCGGCCCCCCCGUCCCGACGCCGAUGGAGCCUCAAGCCGCAGCAGCUGCAGCCGGAGGAGGAGGAGGAGGAGGAGGAGGAGAAGGAGGAGGAGAGGGCGGCCGUGGCGCGGACCCCGACACCGGCCUCGAAGGGCCGAUGUGGGGGAUGGGGCUGGGCGGGGACGGCGGCGGCGGCGGGGAGGGGGACGGGGCGGCGCGGCUGCCGGAGCGCCCCGACGAGGCGGACUGCAUCUACUACCUCCGCACGGGCGCUUGCGGCUUCGGGGACCGCUGCCGCUACAACCACCCACGCGAUCGCGGCGGCACUGAGUUUGGCGGAGGUGCAAAGAAUGCAGUAGUGUUGGACUACCCGGAACGGUUGGGUCAACCAGUAUGUGAGUAUUACAUGAAAACUGGGACCUGCAAAUUUGGUUCAAACUGCAAAUAUCACCAUCCUAAGCAAGAUGGAUCUGUGCUGCCUGUUAUGUUAAACAACAGUGGAUUUCCUCUACGUCCGGGUGAGAAAGAGUGCUCCUACUAUAUGAAGACUGGACAGUGCAAGUUUGGUUCUACAUGUAAAUUUCAUCAUCCAGAGUUUGGUGGUUUUCCAGUGACCCCUGGAAUAUAUCCACCAUUGCAGUCGUCUGUACCAUCUCCUCAUCCUUAUGCCUCUCUUGCAAAUUGGCAAAUGGGGAGGCCACCUGUUGUUCCUGGAUCAUAUAUGCCAGGCUCGUACGCUCCAAUGAUGCUGUCGUCUGGAAUGAUCCCCUUGCAAGGAUGGAGCCCUUAUCCGGCUGCAGUCAAUCCUGUUGCAUCAGGUGGACCGCAGCAAACUGUUCAAGCUGGACCGGUGUAUGGCAUAGGGCACCACGGAUCUUCCUCUACAAUUGCUUAUGGUGGUCCUUACAUGCCUUACUCUUCCUCAACUAUACAAUCAAGCCAUAGUCAACAAGAACAUGGAUUCCCUGAGCGGCCAGGGCAACCCGAGUGCCAGUAUUACAUGAGGACAGGAGAUUGUAAAUUUGGUGCUACAUGUAAAUAUCAUCAUCCUCGGGACUGGAGUUCACCUAAAUCUAAUUAUGUGUUCAGCCCAUUUUGCCUUCCACUUCGUCCGGGUGCUCAGCCUUGUUCGUAUUAUGCCCAAAAUGGAUAUUGCAGAUAUGGAGUUGCCUGCAAGUAUGAUCACCCUAUGGGUACGCUUGGCUACAGUUCAUCUCCUUUGCCCCUCUCUGACAUGCCAAUUGCACCCUAUCCCCUUGGCUUCUCUAUUGCCACAUUGGCUCCAUCUUCAUCUUCCCCAGAUUUAAGGCAAGAAUAUAUUUCAGCUAAAGACCCAUCAGUCAACCAAGUAGGGUCUCAAGUAGCUGCAUCUGAACCUGUUGGGUCAAUGUUGCCAAAAGGGGUUUUCCAGCCAGACACCAUGAUGCGUGCUCAGACUACUACGACAGCUGGUGGUAGUUCAAGCCCUGGUGCUGGUCGCUUUUUUUUUUUUGCUUUUGGUUUGCGGCCGAGCAGCCCGAUCCCCCUCCGAUCGUCGCGCCGGGAGGAGCAUUCGUUCCCGGGAGCUGGUUGGUUGAUGAUGGAGCCGUACGCCUCGCCCAGGGACAACAGCAGCGGCGGCGGCGGUGGGGGUGGUGGCGAGGGCGGCGGCCGCGCCGACGCCGACACCGGCCUGGAAGAGUCGAUGUGGAGGCUGGGCCUGGGCGGCGGCGGGGAGGCGGCGCCGCGGCUGCCGGAGCGGCCGGGCGAGGCCAACUGCAUCUACUACCUCCGCACGGGCUCCUGCAGCUACGGGGAGAGCUGCCGCUACAACCACCCCCGCGAUCGCGCCGCCGCGUUCAAUGGAGGUGCAAGGACCACAAUUGCCAUGGGCGUGGAGUAUCCAGAACGACCGGGUCAGCCACUGUGUGAGUACUACAUGAAGAAUGGGACUUGUAAGUUUGGUUCUAAUUGCAAGUAUAAUCAUCCCAGAGAAGGUGGUCCUGUACAACCAGUUGCAUUGAAUACCAGUGGAUACCCUCUGCGUCCGGGUGAGAAAGAGUGUUCUUACUACAUAAAAACUGGCCACUGCAAAUUUGGGUCUACAUGUAAAUUUCAUCACCCAGACGGGCCGGAACUUGGUGUUGUUUCAGAGACACCUAGCAUGUAUCCACCAGCACAACCAUUGCCUAUGUCUUCCCCUCUUACAUAUCCACCUCUUGCCAGCUGGCAAUUGGGAAGGCCUUCUGUUCUGCCAGGAUCAUUUUACCAGGGCUCAUAUCCUCCAAUGGUGCACCCGUCUGCAGUGAUACCAAUGCAGGGAUGGAAUCCUUACAUGUCAUCUAUGAACCAACUUGCAUCAGCUGGGGGACAGCAAAAUGUUCAGGCAGGACCACUGUAUGGCUUAUCGCACCAAGGACCUUCGUCUUCAGUUGCUUAUGGCAGUAAUUAUGCGCCAUUGCCCUCUUCAACAUGGCCUUCAAGUAAUAAACAAGUUGCCUUUCCAGAGCGGCCGGGGCAGCCUGAGUGCCACCACUACAUGAAGACAGGGACUUGUAAAUUUGGAGCCACAUGCAAAUACAGUCAUCCUCAAUACUUGAGUGCACCUAACUCCAACUGUAUGCUGAGUCCUCUAGGUCUUCCAAUUCGGCCGGGCGCUCAGCAAUGUGUUUACUAUUCACAGCACGGUUUUUGCAAAUUUGGUCCGAGAUGCAAAUUUGAUCACCCACUGGGUACUCUGAGCUACAGCCCUUCAGCGUCAUCGCUUACUGAUGUUCCUGUUGCUCCCUAUCCUCUCAGUCUCCCUGUUGCUCCUAUGGCUCCAUCUCCAUCAUCUUCCGGUCUGCGGCCAGAAUACAUUCUAACUCUGGAGCCUUCAGUGAACCAGCCAGCAUCACCUGGAACUGCAUUUGGACCCGCUGGAUCAGUGCCAAAAAUCUGUGCUCCACACAUGCUUCUCCGACCUCCAACUUCUACAACUGUUGCCACUGUUACAAAUCAUGGUGGAGGGUUCUAAUCUCUUCUGAGAUCAAAAUGGAUAUUCAGCAAGCUUGUGAAGAUUCUUUUUUGGGCAGGUGAAAUGUGAUCUCGGCUCGUUUUUGCUCCAAUUUGAUUCCACAGCAAAUCUGUCUCCACGUCCCUCCCAGCAUUUGUUCACUUGGAAUCGCACCCUGUGUGAAUAUGGCUGGAGCUGACAUAUACAUGGCCAAGGUUGAAAUCUUAGCCAUCCGAAUAAAAGCAUAGAUAGGCAGUGGCAGGCUCAUUCCCCUGUCAUUUUUCUGUCUAUUGUUGAAUUGGAAAAGAGGGAGAAUCCUGAAAUCCAGUUAACCGGCAGUCUUAUCUUGGUACAUAAUUAUCGAAGCAGGCUAUGGGAUGCAUCAUUACAGGGAGGUUUUUGUAUCUCAAAGCUAUUGGGUUUGGCACUUCUGCCCAAAUCUUUGUUGAUUUAACCAUCUCAUAUGUAUUAUGCAACUAUAGGUGUAUGACUUCUGUAAUAUGUCUAUUAUGUACAUUCAUAAUGCGAACAAGGAACGAUGUAAUGGAACCCUCAGAACCCUAAGUUUCAUCAUCAGCUGGCUAAUUGUUCAUCCGCAUCAAA